AUGACGAUGCAAGGAGGUCAAACCGUCACAAACUUAGACAUCGCUAAGGCUUUUGAUCGGGUCCGCCACAAGGCACUUCUAUCGAAGCUAAAGAAAGCGCUGUGCACUUGGAUCGCCAGCUUCCUUUCCGAGCGGAGCUUGAAAGUCUAUGUAGACGGAUUGUGCUUGGACACCAUGCUCAUUAACGCCGACGUUCCGCAAGGAUCUGUGCUGUCGCCAACCUUGAAAGCAGUAACUCUCAAGAAGGUGAACAGCAAAUAUGUGCUAAAAUCCACCCUAACGCCUCGACUAGCAAGAAAAGAGCUCCAAAAAGAACUUCAAGACUCGUCACCGCAGCUCUCGAAAUCGCGGUCGUGUACCUCGCUUAACCAGGAGACCAGCUCCGACCCUGCCGGUCCAGCUGGAUACAAUAAUUACCUUACAGUGCACAGUUUCCCGUCUGCACUCAAUCUGCCGAUAAUCACAACUCAAAGUUACGACGACCAGACUGGGCGUGCUCCUACAAGCCCCGGCAGCGAUGGCUCCGACGAACCUCCGAAGCCACAUACGUGGACCACCAUGACCCCCCAGGAAAUUGCAACUUGGAUCGACAAACGUUCUCGCGUUCUUUUCCCUUGCAUGUUCAUUUGUUUCAAUCUCAUUUAUUGGACAUUCGUUUACUGUCUGUGAUUCAAGUAAAAAAUAGGUAUUCAUGUCCUAAUUAAGGCUUGAGUUGAGCAGGGCGAAUCAGAUUCAAAUUCAGAGGCAGGCAUCAAGUUCUUUACUCGAAGAAGCCUAGAAUUGCGGCAAUAGACGUUUAUUCGACUGUUCCUUUUAAUCAAUCACAGGAAAAGUCGUGAGCUCUAUGGUCCAAAACUGUAGGUUCUCGAACAACAUAAAUAUACGUUUAAAUACGCAUUGCUUUAAGUCUGCUAAUCGCGAUCUCUCAUCUGUACAAUCUGUUCUCCCAGCUCUGCUGGCACUGCAAUUGCUGUCCACGACAUACAAUCUUUGUCAUCAUACAAAGUCAAUCAUACAAAGUUUUCUGUUAAAUAUUUUUUAUUCUAUCGCCCAUCGCGCCAAUUUUUUGAAAGGUUGUACUGCUGGAUCAAGAUUUAAAUUUAAAGUUAAAAAAUGGAUUUUUGAUAAAAAUGCUUUGAAGAGAAAAAUAAAAAAUGAAAUUAAACAAUUGUGAAUUAACAAAAGAAACGUUAAAAAGU